UGCAGUCUGGCGGUAGCGCCGGUCUGCGGUAGGCGCGAGAACGCGCGGGGCGGCGCGGGUCCGGGCAUGAAGCUGAGCUGGGCCGCACUGGGCCUGGUGCUGCUGGCGCCGUUGGCUGUGCGGGCGGUGGAGCCCAUCAGCCUGGGACUGGCCCUGGCCGGCGUCCUCACCGGCUACAUCUCCUACCCGCGCCUCUACUGCCUGUUCGCCGAGUGCUGCAGCCAGAAGCAGAGCCUCAGCCGAGACGCGCUGCAGAAGGAUCUGGACAGCAAGCUCUUUGGACAGCAUCUUGCAAAGAAAGUCAUCUUAAAUGCUGUGUCUGGCUUCAUAAGCAACCCGAAGCCCAAGAAACCUCUCACCCUCUCCCUACACGGGUGGACGGGCACCGGCAAAAAUUUUGUCAGCAAGAUCAUCGCAGAGAAUAUUUACGAGGGUGGUCUGAACAGUGACUACGUCCACCUGUUUGUGGCCACACUGCACUUCCCUCACGUCUCCAACAUCACCCUGUAUAAGGAUCAGUUACAGUCGUGGAUUCGCGGCAACGUGAGUGCCUGUGCGAGGUCCAUCUUCAUAUUUGAUGAGAUGGACAAGAUGCAUGCUGGCCUCAUAGAUGCCAUCAAGCCUUACCUAGACUAUUAUGACAACUUGGAUGGGGUCUCCUAUCAGAAAGCCAUCUUCGUAUUUCUCAGCAAUGCUGGAGCAGAAAGGAUCACAGACGUGGCUUUAGAUUUCUGGAGAAGUGGAAAGCAGAGGGAAGAAAUCAAGCUCAGAGACAUGGAGCAUGCCUUGUCUGUGUCGGCCUUCAAUAACAAAAACAGGCCCCAGCUCAGUGCUCACAGGCCCCGGCGCUACCUGGAAUCGUCUGUUUACUGGGUGGCUGGUCCACGUCCGCCUGGCCCUGCUCCAUCCCCUGCCUCGGGCCUCAGGCGCGCCUGGCACGGGGCAGGCCUGCUGGAGACGAGCUGCCCAGGGCUGUCCGGCUUGCUGCUGCUCAGCGCUCGGUGUGCUUCUUUCCCACGGCCACAGACUCCACCGCAUCCGGGCUGUCAGAUGUUUAUUGAGCACCAGCUGUGUGCAAAGCACUGUUGGGCAAGAAAAGAAUAAACCCCAGAUGUGAUUGAUAGUAAGAAAAGUAUAUGUGGUCUUCAUCCGCAUUUUCUGGCACAGAGCUCCUAAAACCCUUGGAGUUUCAGAGUGAUAAGAGCCAUAGUGGUGUCUUUGAUAUUCCUAACAAACCCCUUUCAACCACAUCAGAGGUUGUGUUAAUGAGGUGACUUUUGGAAAAUACCAGGGUGGGGGGUGGCUUCCAGGGGAACCAACCCUUGAUUGGAGGGUUGGAACUUUCAGUCUCCAGCCCUUGUAGACCUCCCAGGAGGGAAGAGGGGCAGAAGGCUAAAUCAGUCGCCAAUGGCCAGUGAUUUAAUCAACCGUGCCUAUGUAAAGAAUUUUCCAUAAAA